AUCUUGCUUCCGGCCGCGGUGCACUGUGGGCCCAUGGCGCGGCUGCGCGCGGUGUACGCGCUGCGCGCGCGGGGCGGGGCCGCCUACGUCGGGUUCACGGUGGCGCCUGCGCGGCGGUUACGUCAGCACAACGGGGGGCGGGGCAAGGGCGGGGCCAGGCGGACGGCGAGGGCGGGGCCAUGGGAGAUGGAGCUCUACGUCUAUGGCUUCCCGUCGGACGUGGCGGCGCUGAGGUUCGAGUGGGCGUGGCAGCACCCCUCCCUCUCCCGCCGCCUCCCCCCCGUGACCCCGCGGCGACCCCGGGAGCAGCCAAUCAGCUUCGCCCUGCGGGUGCUGCCCCUCCUCCUGCGGGCCCCGCCCUGGUCCCGCCUCCCACUGCGCCUGCGCUGGCUCCGCCCCCUGCCGGGGCCCCGCCCCCCGCUGCUCCCGGCCCCGCCCCCUCACGUGGUGCAGGAGGAGGGGCCGCUGACCCCCCCCAAGGGCAAAGGGGGGCGGGGCCGGAGGAGGAGGCCACGCCCCCUCGGAGCGGAGGCCACGCCCACCGAGGAGGAGGACACGCCCACCCCUGCGUGCGCUGUGUGCGGGGAGGGGUGCGGGCCGGCCCCGCCCCCCCUGCGCUGUCCCCGCCCCCCCUGCCCCAUGGCUGCCCAUCCCCCAUGCCUGGCACGGAGCUUCCUGCACCAUGAGCCCAGAGAGCUGCUGCCGGUGGGCGGGGCCUGCCCCAGCUGCCACACCCACCUCCUGUGGGGCGACCUCAUUCGCUACAGCCUCGGCGAGUGUGACGUCAUCGAGGGGGCGGAGCCCCAUGCUCCAGCGCUGACGUCACAGGGGGCGGGGCCUCCCCUUGGCUCCGCCCUCCUGUCCAUUGACGCUCAAUAA